AUAGAGUGAUACCCCCUUUUCUUUCUCUUCCAUCUCUCUCUCUCUCUCUUUCUCUCAUACUCUUUUUUCUUGGUUUGGUUUGAUUGUUGUUAGGUGUAUUUUGGGCAGGGGUUUGUUUUCUUUCUUUCUUUCUUUCAGUGUGUGUGUAAGUGGUUAAGUAUGGGUGAGAUUAGCAAUGGCAUAUCAAAGAAGGAGAUGAAGAUACCAGAGAUAAAGUUCACCAAGCUCUUCAUCAAUGGAUCUUUUCUUGAUUCUUACUCUGGGAAGACAUUUGAGACAAUAGAUCCAAGAAAUGGGGAGGUGAUUGCAAAAAUAUCAGAGGGAAAUAAAGAGGAUGUUGAUUUGGCUGUCAAGGCAGCAAGACAAGCUUUUGAUCAUGGCAAAUGGCCUCGCAUGUCUGGAUAUGAGAGGGGAAGGAUAAUGAUGAAGUUUGCAGACUUGAUUGAGCAGCACAAAGAAGAACUUGCGGCAUUGGACAGUAUUGAUGCAGGAAAAUUGUUUGCUGCUGGUGUUCAUGGUGAUAUCCCACACUCUCUGAACUUACUCCGGUAUUACGCAGGAGCUGCCGAUAAGAUUCAUGGUGAAACUUUGAAGCUUGCGGGUGAAUACCAAGGGUACACUCUCAAGGAGCCUAUUGGUGUUGUAGGACACAUCAUUCCUUGGAAUUUCCCGACCACCAUGUUCUUCUUGAAGGUUAGUCCUGCUCUUGCAGCCGGGUGCACCAUGAUCGUUAAGCCUGCCGAGCAAACCCCGCUCUCGGCUCUCUUUUAUGCUCACUUGGCCAAAGAGGCUGGAAUUCCGGACGGUGUGCUCAAUGUAGUUAAUGGAUUUGGUCAUACUGCUGGGGCUGCCAUUUCUUCUCAUAUGGAUGUAGAUGCAGUUAGUUUCACUGGAUCAACAGAAGUUGGAAGGUUGAUAAUGGAGGCAGCAGCAAAGAGCAAUUUGAAGUCAGUCUCUCUUGAAUUAGGAGGAAAGUCUCCUCUCAUUAUCUUUGAUGAUGCAGACUUGGACAUGGCUGUGUCUCUUGCAAGCCUUGCCAUUUUUUACAAUAAGGGAGAAAUAUGUGUGGCUGGGUCUCGAGUAUUUGUGCAAGAAAAGAUCUAUGAUGCCUUUGUGAAAAAGGCAGCGGAGAACGCAAAGAAUUGGGUUGUUGGAGACCCGUUCGAUCCUCGAGUUCAGCAAGGACCACAAGUUGAUAAGCAACAAUUUGAGAAGGUUCUUAGCUACAUCGAACACGGAAAGAGAGAGGGAGCAACUCUGUUGACAGGAGGGAAACCCUGCUGUGGUAAAGGAUACUACAUUGAGCCAACCAUUUUUACUGAUGUCAAGGAGGAAAUGAUGAUCGCCAAGGAUGAAAUAUUUGGACCUGUUAUGUCCUUGAUGAAGUUUAAGACAAUAGAAGAGGCAAUUGAGAAAGCAAAUGCAACAAAGUAUGGAUUAGCUGCAGGCAUAGUGACCAAAGACUUGAAUAUAGCCAAUAAAGUGUCAAGAUCUGUGAGAGCAGGGUCUAUUUGGAUAAAUUGCUACUUUGCAUUUGAUGCUGAUGCUCCUUUUGGUGGAUAUAAGUUGAGUGGUUUUGGGAGGGACUUGGGAUUGAAUGCUCUUGACAAGUAUCUCCAAGUGAAGUCUGUGGUCACUCCUCUUUAUAAUUCUCCAUGGCUUUGAACACCUCAAUGUCCAUAUAAUAUUCUUAUUUCCUUUGAACACUUUGUUGUUUGUAGAAUGUUUGCUUCUUAUUGUGCUUAUUGAUCACUUUAUAAUC